UCUCCAUCUCUGUCGUCAUUGUGAGAAAGCCUGGGAGUGGCAGGAAGGAGGCGAGGCAGAGGAGAAGGAAGAGAAAGAGGAGGAGGAGAACGAAAAGGUUGAGCAGUUGUACGCAAAUCAGGAUUUCCUGACUAUUUACGCAGCAUCCUUCUAUUUACGGCAGCAGUAUGGCCGCGGGUUCAGUGUCUCAAGCAGAGGUUCAGACCUCCUUCCAGAAAUUUGCUGUCCAUGGAGACACUAAAGCCACAGGGAAGGAGAUGAAUGGCAAGAACUUUGCUAAGAUCUGCAAGGACUGCCACAUCAUCGAUGGAAAGAACGUUACCACAACAGAUGUUGACAUAGUUUUCAGCAAAGUCAAGGCAAAGUCAGCUCGUGUUAUCACAUUUGAGCAGUUCACCCAGGCCCUGACAGAGUUGGCUCCCAAACGUUUUAAAGGAAAAAGCAAGGAGGAGGCGCUUCAGCAGCUCUAUGGUCUCAUUGUUGGUAAGGAGCCUGCCAACGCUGGAGUCACCAAAGUGGCAAAGGCAGCAGCUGUUGACAGACUGACAGACACGACCAAAUACACUGGAGCACACAAGGAGCGGUUCGACGAUUCGGGCAAAGGGAAAGGAAAGGCCGGACGUGAGGACAUCCCAGACAACAGUGGCUAUGUGGCAGCUUACAAGGGCAGCGGCAGUUAUGAUGACAAAGUCAAAGAAGCAUAAUUCUCCUAAGAGAUUAUGAAAACAUUGUUUCACCAAUAACUUGUUGGGUAAUUAAUAUAUUGGCUACUCUAUUUUGAAGACAAAACAAUGAUACUGUAUACUGUGUAUCCUGUGGGCCCCGCAUUCACCACACUCAGAUGAAGAAUGAAUGAAAAAACAUAUAAUUGGAGUUUCAAGGUUUUCAUAAAUGACAAUGGGGAAGAGAUAAUAUCCUGAAAAUAAUCCAAAGAUAAUGGAAAUACGUAUAGAUAUGGAAAUGCUGCAGUAUAGAGAGAAAUGCUGAAUGGGUCUUAGCAUGAACAACUCAUAGCAUUCUGUGUAUUGUCAGUGAUUUUACAUUGACCAUAACCUUAAAUUGUACCUUUAGCCAAGUAUGUUUUAAAGAAACUAACUCUGCUUUGUAGCAUAGCUUAACACUGUGCCUUACUAUUGAUAUAGCCACUAGUGUGAAUACUCUGAUAUACUGUAAUGUGCUGCUAUUCUCAGUGACCUUCAUGCAAUUAAUGAAAAUUUAGUUGGCUUUAGGAAAGUCACUCCUUCACUUGCUAAGCUUAUCACGUUAUAUUUCAGUGCCUUUAGCUACAUGAGCAAUCGUACCUAUUAUUAUUCUUGCCAUAGAAUUUAUUCAUAUCAUUGAAUUAAUUGUAUAUUAUAUUAUAUGAAAUAUAAUAUGUAGAGUGAAAAAAAUGAUAUUGAUGAAACAACAGUACAGAAUACUCUCCCUUUGUCUGUUCCCUAUUUCUUACUUACUGGCCAUAUAAAUCUGUUAUCUUUGAUUCACAUACUGUAUAAUGUAUUCCUUCAUACUGUUAUUUUGUUCCAAGUUGAAUCGAUUAAGAAUGUCUCAUUUCUCGCAGAAUUAAAGGCUGAAAAAUGUAUUUUAAGACAGAACUGAAUGUUGACAUUUUCAGUUUCUUGUACGUCUCACACAAUCAAACCUCAGACCAAAGUGAAUGUAAAAAUCUAAAUACUGUAGAUACAUGAAA